GGAGAAGCUUCCGGUACAGUUAACGUUUGUUGACAGAAGUUAAAGCAACACGUGCUGUUAGUGCAGAUAUUAUUGUGUUGGUGUGCGACAGAUAAUUUCACGUGACAUGUUGAAACAUUCGACACUAAAUGAUGUCACAGAUUUGUGUAAAUGUCUGUCCAGUAUAUCUGUUAAAAAUGCGGACGAGACCAAAGAAGCUCGGACAAGUUUCAAACUCGAGUGCCUGACAACUUGUUAUAAAUGGUUCCGGAGUAAAGAACCUUCUAAUUUAGAGAAUACGUCAGAAAGUUCUGCAACGCUGUUAUAUUUGGUGGUUGACCUUAUACAGACGGAUGCUGACCCUUUUGUGCUGUAUGCUGCUCGCAAAGCAUUGGUUGUGCUGUUGGACCAUCAAAGUUGUAAGACAGAAAUCACAGAAUGCCUCCAUGGAAUAUUAGACUGCCUUGGGAGUAAAGACAUUGGUACAUCCAACAAAACCACAGUAUUGGAGAUUAUUUCUGACCUCCUUCAACGAGAGUUCGCAGUCUCUGUUCUGGAUGUGAUAAAACAGAGAUUUCUAUGGCUUGUAGAAAAUGUGCUCACAUUUCCAUUUCAAGAGGAUGAAUCUAUUUUACUGACAGCAUUCAUUAUUUUGUGGAGAAAGUCAGCAAAGAAAUGUCAUGACCUUCAGUUGGAUUUGUGUUGGAUUAUGAAAUAUGAUAUUCUUCUACAGACUCUUAAUGAGAUCAAUGUAACAGAGAAACAUGUCUAUUCUAGACAAGUGAUCCAUCUGUUUAAAACAUUUUACUGCUACGGACAAAGUCUGUGUUUGAAGACAUCUGUUGAACCUAUCUAUUUACAACUAGGAACAGCAAUUCUUCAAUGGGCCCUUGAUAGAGGAAUAUCAUAUCUACAUGAUAACUCUGCUUCUGGGUUUGGAGGCAAACUUAUCACAGGGGCCUGUAAAUCACAGAUCAACACGGAGUUUGGAAAUGUAUCUUCUCUACGACAGUUGGCAGCUUUACUAUUGUCUGUGGCCGCUACCAUUGUUCGUUUUAUUCAAAAUUCAGAAGUGAACCCAGCCUUGUUAAAUCUGUCUACAUGUCUUCUCCAACUGAAUGACCAUGCCACUGUAACUGUACACAGUAAUGACCACAGGAGUCAACCAUUUGACUGGAUGACAUCUGUGUUUGGUGACCAGGAUGACACACUGAUGGAAGCUUUACUGGAAGUGUUGGACAUCUACACUAUCACCAGGAAGAGGCUGGAUACACUCGGACCAUAUCUGGAGAAACUUGUGAUAAUGAUAAACCCACACAGACAAUUUUACAUGCUGUUACAAAUGACCGGUUUCGACCACAGUGUACUGGUUGACCUUUUGACCUCUCCCGAAACCUGUGCUCUUCUGUAUCUUACACGCUACUUGAAAUGUGUAGUCAAUGAAUGGGACAUUUUUCUAGAAACCCUGGACUCUCUUUGUGACAGGGAGACAGAUUUCUUGGAACAAAUACACAGGAAGUCUGAUUCAGGACAUCAUUUCACAGAGAAUCAAGGCGAAAACUUGACGGAAAAUGUACAGACUGAUGUCCAAAAGUCUUCAGGAGUAUCAUAUAAACAAACCAAACAAAACUGUGAUGAAAGAAAGACAAAAGGAUUGGAGGAAAAGUUGAAUGCUAGAUCCAUACAAGAUAACCCAGCUCCCAAAGAAUCUAUAACAAAAUGUGAGAGUGAAACGGAAUGUGUUUCUGGUGAAGAACACCGUCAAGGAUUUAUUGCAGACAAAAUGCUGUCAGCAUGCAGUGAAUCUGGUAGUAAGCCAGAGUACACCAAAUCUGGAACAGAAGUAAGUGUGGCAGGGACAAAGUCAGAGGGCCUUACCCUGUUGGGACAGUACAGCAGUGAUGAGGAUGAGGAGGAUGUAUCUCAAUAUCAAUCUGAUCAUGGCUUUUCUGAUCAUGUUUCUCAAUAUCAAUCUGAUCAUGUAUCUCAAUAUCAAUCGGAAGCAGACAAUUCUCAAAUUGUUUCCAAGAUGGAGACCAUGGAUAUAGAAUCAAGUUUGUCUGGUGAGGAUUUUCAGUGCAGAAAACCAGUGAGUGAGAUAACAAUACAGUCAGAGUAUAUCGAAGCCAUCGAAAUCUGUGACAAUAAACUGCAGGUUAACAGAUGUCUUGAUGAAACCAUGGCAACACUCAUACGACUGAGGCUCAAGAUGGAGAGUUUGUGUGAAGGCGGCCUCCUAAUGUACCACCCGGGCCCUCUGGUUCGACUCCUAACCCAGUGUGAGGCACUGUAUGAACAGUAAUAUGAAAGAAAGAAAUAGCCAAGAUGGCUUUAUCAUAAAACAAUAUUCUCUGGCAUUUGCAUGCAGACAUGGCAAUACUUUACAAAAUAUAAACAAAAUUUCAAGACGUAUUAUAUGAUGAACUGUGAGUUCUGUAACUAUAUGGUUUACAAUACUGAAUGUUUUAUGAACUUUGGUGACUUAAUUGAGAUAAAAGAUAUGAAACUGAUACAUAAUAAAGACAUCUCAAAAGGACACAAAUU